GUGUGAGUCAGUAGCCACGUGUGGACGCGUGUUUUGCGUGUGUGCGCGUGUUAGUGUGUGUGUGUGUGUGUGUGCGCGCGCGCGUUCGUGUGUGUGAGUGUUGUGUGUGAGACAUGCAGAUGCAUUGCCAGUAAUUUCCUCGGUGCCCCGAUGCGCUCAUUGGUGCGUCCCUCCAACGUGUCACCAGUUUUGGUGGAUUACCCCAGAUAUCUUCACCAUCGGGAGGGGAAACGCCAGUCAUUUCUCUCAGCUCCUGUCUUCACGGUGUCCAGCUGCGACCGAGCACCUUUGACAACAUUAAGGGGGGAAACUUUUGACUUCUCACAGAACAACUCAUCGGAAAAAAAAAAGGAUUCGAAGUUUUUUUUUAAUCGCAGUUUUACGCAGCACAGCGAUGCAUUUAUUUACAGCAAAUUCACGGAUGACGCUGUCGUUUUCAGUGCCAGCGUUUCUGUUCUUGGCACCUUUGCUGAUGAAGGGUCUCUCUGUCAGUGGCUCCCCGGGCUGCGCGUCCUGCGGGUUGCCCGCGAUGGAGAAAGACGAAGAGCAGAGGCUGAUGAUAGAAAUCGCCAAGCAGCAACUUUUGGACAAGCUGCACCUGAAAGAGAGACCAAACAUCACUCAGACGGUGCCCCGGGCGGCGCUCCUCACUGCGCUGCGCAAACUGCACUCGGGCCGCGUCAGACAGGACGGUACUCUUGAGCUAGACAACAGUUUACCCACAAAAGAUCAAGGCUAUGAAAUAGUGAGCUUUGCAGAUAUAAAUGAAACAGAGAAUGGUGAUGAGGCCAGCCUCAGUCUUACCUUCCAGUUUCUUCAGGAGCACGGCCAAAGCAUCCAGGUCCUCCAGUCUUCUUUAUGGAUCUACGCCCGCUCCUCUGAGGACCCUAACAGAGACUCCCGCCUCUCUGCCCGAGUUUACCUCACGGCAGACGGUGGGGAGUCAGACUCUAACCGCACCCUGGUGAUAGAAAAGAUGCUUGAGGUCCAGGAGAGUAACUGGCACACCUUCCCCAUCACCCGCACCCUGCAGGCCUUCCUGGAUGGCAGCAAACACCGGUUGCGGCUGGAGGUCAGCUGCGAUGAGGACGGGAAGAACCUCUGCUCCCUGGAAGGCUCUGCUCACACCCCCUACCAGCCCUUCCUGGUGGCCCAGGUGCGUCUCCGUGACAACCCCUCCAAACACUCACUCAGGAAGCGGUCGCUGCGUUGUGGCGAUGAUGUCACCGUGUGCUGCAAGAGAGACUUCUACAUCAAGUUCAAGGACAUCCAGUGGCACGUAUGGAUCAUCGCACCUGAAGGUUACCAUAUGAACUACUGCAUGGGCCAGUGCCCCCAGCAUCUGUCUGGCUCACCGGGCAUCGCAUCCUCAUUCCACGCCACCGUCUUCAGCCAGCUGAAAGUCAACGGCAUCAACACGGCCGCGUCUUCGUGUUGCGUCCCCACCGAGCGCCGGCCGCUCUCCAUGGUGUACUUCAACUCUCAGCACAGCAUCGUUAAAACAGACGUUCCUGACAUGAUUGUGGAGUCCUGUGGGUGCACAUAAAAGACAGAGUGUAAAAGAUGUGGUUUAGUUUUGGUAGAUUUGUUUUAACACAGGAAACUUAAAACUAUGUGAGUGUUUUUGACAGACCAAGAUUUAAACACACAUGAGCAGAGGAGGUGGAAAUGGGAAGUGUUUCUUUGGGAAACAGUAAGCACAAAGACAACGAGAAAGGAAAACGUAGGAUAUUCCCACGGCACUCAAGCAUAUUCUUGCAAGAAUAUAUGUACAUUUAAAGAUCUUUAUUUUUGUUAAAUAUUAAUAAAUAAGACUAUUUGUCAUUCAUCAUUAGAGUCUUGUAAGACUCAGGAUGUAAAAAACUUUGCUGUAGAGACAAUGUUGAGUGCCUAGUACCAGCUGAAACUAAAUAAGACCACACACAGAGUCUGAUCACAGACACAUUCUGUCAUCCAUAUGUCAGAGGCAUACAUUAAAGAGAGGCUAGAAACAACCAGAACAUAUGGCCGACUCAACACACAUACGAAGAGUGUGAUGUUGAUGCAAAACAUAUGCAUAUUUACAGCGGUGACAAGCAGAUCUGGCCAGGGCUGAUUUAGGUGGUCACACCAAACUCAAAGAGAUUAUUAAUGCGUCAAGCCUUCACAAGUCUUUUUUUUUUCUUUUUCUUUUCAUUUUGUCAUAUGUAGUUUAUUUAUUUUGUCUUUCACAAUCGCUGCUUGGGUUCGGUUCAAAGCAAAAGGUUUUAUGGUUCUCAGGAAAUUGGGAGCAGAACUGACAGAACUUCAUGCUCGUUGAAACUUCUCUGCCGAAUGUUUCACGUAAUAGUCACAGUGUCCACAUAAAUACUUUUGUACUAUUUUCCUUUAAAUGCUGUUUUACAGAACUAUAUAUAUUAAUACUGUAUUUUCAUGGCUUAUGCCUUUUAUUUUUUAGCCUCGUUAAAUGCUGCCAUUUUAAAGCAAGGCUUUUAAAACAAUGUAAGAGAUCCUUGAUUUAAAGUGUGCCUUCUUUAUUAACUGUGCAACUUGAGACAUUGAGUGUCAAGUUAUCUUACCAAAGAGAAUCAAUCAAUUGUAAUGGAUGGAGUCUUUUUAUGUGGACCUGUGACACAUUGUUCAUGGGCUGUGAGAAGCAGCUUUCGUUAUCGUGCGAGCAAACACUGAGCUGAGACUGUUCGAACGAGUAAAAGCUGCCCUGAGUUCUGUCUGAGUGCAGCCGAUGCUGCAUGCAGCCUGGAAUAUGUUUGAUCAGCAUCUCCACUGUAUUAUUUACACAAGUCGCCUAAUCAGUUGGGUAACUGUGGCACUGACAGUGUUUGAACCCAAGGUCAUUUCUCAGCAGUGUGAGCAAACAUUUAGCUAUUGCUUCAGUGUCAGGUAAUGUGAAGGUCUGUGAGGCAGGUGGGUCAGCGAGCAUGUACUGUUGCACGUUGGCAUUUAUAUCUCCCAGGGUCUAAAGUUUUCUCUGGGUGGUGUUAUAAUAAGAAGCUUUCCAGCUGGGGCAACGUGGUAAGCACUUUUGAGAAUUUUAAUAAAUGUUCCUCAUUACCCAUCAGCAUAAUUUGCUAACUUUGAUUCGAACGUCCGCUUUGUCCAUACCAUACCAAAAUAACACAAACAUAAUACAUUGUGGAUUUAGUCACAGCUUGCGAAACUUAAUAAACAUAAAUCAAAUCUAAUAAUAAAUUCUUCUGAUAUCGCUUUAAGCCACUUUUUAUGAGGUUCCCAAAUUUGAAAUUGGCAGAAGUAAAAGAUGGUGUCUGUCAGCACAUGCCUUGUGUUUUUUUUUCAUGUUAGGAAGAAUUAUAUGAUGUCUUGCAUACCAACACUGCCAACGCCAAAGAAGUCUAUAGCACAGAUCAUUCGCCCAUUUUCACCCUCAGCAGUAUGAAAGUCAAAGAUCUUUUUCUACAUUCCGGAUCAUGUUUAAUGGGGUUGUCCUCGCCAUGUUUUUAAACUGUAUGACUUAAAAGGUAACUUUGUUUACAGGUCUUGUGGUGCACUAUUGCACAUGUGAAAAAAAAAGUAGUAUAAAGACUUUAUGAGAUUACAUGCAGCUUCCCUUCCCUUUUUUUUUUUUUUUUUUUUUUUUACAUUUGCAGCAAUACUUUAAUUUGUAAAAAUAUCGGAGUUACCUUUUAACGACUUGCAUUAAAACUGCCACGAUAAACACAAAACUUUAACGUCAGUGAGUUGGUGCAUUUUGCGCAAAAGACUAUACCAAGAAGUUUUAUUAUAGUUUUGCCCAAAUAUACCACACACUUGUUUCUCCUCUCUCUGUUGCCUCUUUACACUGCACUUGUAUUAUUUCUUCAAAACCUGUGUGAAACAAUUUUAACUCUUUUUAGUUUAGUGUUUAUUAUUUCAUCUUGUAAGCACCCCUUGUCCCAGGACUUAAUGUGACACUGAGGUGCCAUCGUAACAUGACUUACUUAAAAGCACUUUAUCACCCUACUGUAUUUUUAGAGCACAUUUUGCUUGAAGUGUCUACUACUUAUAUCUCAGGUGAGCACAGCCUAGAACGUGUAAAUAGGCCUGCAAAGAGCAAAUGUCAAUCCACUUGUUUUCUUGAGCUCUUAGUUGUGCUUAAAUGUGUGUAUUGCAGCGCACACGGAUGAUGCAGGAAUCUCUGUAUACUGUAACUGGUGGUGGAAAUGGAGCCAGGAUUUGAAUUUUUGUGUCAAUUUAAAGUUGCAAUUGUUGUCUUUAUUUUUAUAUACUAUUUUCUGUGAACACUGAAUGAAUUGUGAUGGCAAACUAAAUGUAAAAAAGAUGUGUCCUAACAUGCUGACAUAACAAAAUUACAGUAUAUUUUGAAAUAAAUACAUAUUUUCAAUCAA